AUGACCACCACAACAACGCCCCUCGCCAACCUGGCAGACCCUUCCAAGGACCGCACCUCCACCGCCAACCCAAAGCAACACGCGGACUACACCGAUAAAGCGGAGCCCAGAUCGCUUUCUAUCGACUAUACCUCCACUACCACCAAUGGCUCCGCCGGAGUUCCGUCUUCGUACUCUUCGCGUCAGCACCAGCAGGGACACUACGGCCAAAACCAGGCGGGCAAUAAUAAUGUCUACUCCGAAGAUUACUAUGACAACAACAACAACAACAACCAACAACAGGACCAUUACAACAAUACCCACAGUCACCAUUCGUCGACUUCCUCUUCAUCGUCGUCCCAUUAUCCCCACGGUACUAAUGGCUCGUCCUAUCUGCCCCCACCAAUCCAAACGACUGCCUUUGCUGGACACAGCGAUGGCAAGAAUGGUGAUUCGUCCUUAUACCCCCAACAACAGCAACAGCAGCAGCAUGGCCACGCUCAGGCUAUUCAUGCGUCUUUCGUUUCACCUACUACGCCCACAUCGUCCGCACCAUUAUCGCCCAAUGGUGCACAGCAGGCAUAUGCACAGGGCCACCACGAGUAUGACCGCCCCCAAAGCCAUUCAUACCACUCUUCACAUCACAGUUAUCAUACCUCGUACGCUCAGGAGCACCCACAUCCUUUGAGUCCUACGGAAGGAAACGGCCAUCAUGCCUACAACAGCCAUCCAAUCCCAACUGGAAAGAUCGAGAACGGCAACAACGGAGCUAGCAAUGGAUCCUACUCCUCCUCGAAUUCUUCGUAUUACUCAAGUGUGACCGAAAAGAGCUGGAUUAUGGUUAUGGUUGCGGCUCUGAUGCUUUUUGUCUUGGUGGUGGCGAGUCCAACUAUCGAUGUGAGGCAUGUACGUUCCUUCUGGAACUACCCUUACAGCUCGAACGCAAACAGCUACAGUUACAACAACAACAGCAACAACCACAGCCACGCCAAACAUGGGAGUAUCGACGAGCAACCCCGCAGCCCCGACGAAGUCUUCCCCAAUGGCCCUGACCCCUCGUCUUCAUUGUACUCGACCUCGGCCCCUUCUCCUUCAAUGGGACCUCAAUCGCCAACCAUCAGGGUCAAGCGUCGCGAAGUCUUUCCUUAUCAGGAGAGCCCUUACUUUUACCCAACCCAGCAGCUCUGCAACUUGUUCAGUCCUGACCAGUCCAUGAACUACAACGUCAAAAUUGCGGCCAAGAUCGACCGCGGCUUUUUUUUGGCAUCCAACGACUGGACUUGCUACCGUCGCAACUAUUUCCAGCUCAGCGCUUCUUUCGGCAUUCAGGGACUGGACUCCUCCGUCCAUUCGGAGGUACCUUGCUUACUGGAGAGAAACGGCGACCUGUUGGCAGUCCGUUCCUUCCUGGUGUGCAUCGGCGCUCAAAUCCAGAACGGCGAAAAGGUGAUCGAGUUGGUUCAACAUACCCCGAAGCGUGACAAGGGACCACAGAUCACCCCACGCCCCACUCACAUCCGCGCCGGCGGUGAUUUGAACGCCAACUCUCCAGGCUCCUAUGUCAUUACGUUCGAGCGUGUUCAGUUCAAAACCGCCACCGCCAACAACGGCAAGCGGAGGGCAGCACAGCAGUACUACCAGGUCCACGUGGAUCUCUUUGCCGAGCUCGAGUCGGGCGAUCUCAUCCUGGUGGCCAAAUCGUACUCUGCCCCACUGGUUGUCCGUGGCCGUUCUCCUGGUCACUACGCCGACAACGACGAGGACAACCAGGAUGGCGUUCAGGGUGUGGAUAGCCGUCAUCAUUACAGGAACGACAGUGUCAGCAGCAUGUCUGGUGCCCCUCUUGGCUCACCAGUCUCGCCUGGAGAGUACCCCUACUACUCUGGAUAUGCGUAUGGAUCCUCCUAUCCAUAUCAGUCGCUGACCUCAGCAUCUCACAUAGCCCAUUCACAAGAUGCUGGUUAUUACAACGGUAACCGCAAGGAUUCGGAGUCAUAUCCUGGAAGUCCAUUGUCUCCUGCAGCUGUUCCUCAUGCGAUUUCCCAUGCAGGUGAAUCAGUUUCGCCUGACAUGUACAGUCCAGCAGUAUUUGUUGGACCCGAGUCACCAGCCUUGUCGAUGGGUCGGGUCUCUCACUCAACGAGUCACUAUGGAGGCGGCAACAGCUCCUACAACCACUACUCGUCGUCGUACAACAGCCAACAGCACAAUUACGACAUGUACCGGGAUCAGGAUCAUGAGACGCAGAUGGCAGGCUUGCGCAUCCAUUCACCAUCGAGCCCCAAACCUUCAAGUGUAGCCAGCUCGCCCUCGGUCACACCUCGCCGACAGUCGUUCAGCUCGAUGUUGAUCUCAAAAUCAACAGAACGUAGCGUGGGCGGAUCGACAACUCGCAAGUCUCGGUCGAUCUCGUUGUCUGGAACAACAACCACGACGACUGUCAGCAAACGCCCUAUCAGCAACUCGAGACCUUCGCGCACCGUCCCCGCGACUCCACCAAACGAGAUGCAUAGCAGGGCAGUCCAUGGUGUUUUCUCGAAGGAUCGCAUCCCCGAGUCACCCAUGGAGGACCAGCAUUUGUAA